AUGAGCGAAGGGGUCGCCUCGCCCCCGGGUGCCGCAGCAGCCGCUGCCGAGGCGGGGGCGGCGGCGGCGGCGGGCGGGGUCCCUGCGGGGGGCGAUGGAGGGCCCGACGCCGCGGCCCGGGAGGUGCGCUGCGGCGACUGCCUGGUGUGGAACCGGCAGCAGACGUGGCUCUGCGUGGUGCCCCUCUUCAUCGGCUUCGUGGGCCUGGGGCUCAGCCUGAUGCUGCUCAAGUGGAUCGUGGUGGGCUCCGUCCAGGAGUACCUGCCCACCGAGCUGAUGGACUCCAAAGGGAUCGAGCAGGACCCCUUCUUCCUCUCCAAGCAGCCCACCACGCCGCCCAAGAGCGAGGAGCCCACCGCCUCGCCCGGCACGGACGCGGCCGCCGUCGCCGCCGCCGCCGCCGCCUCCUCUCGGACGCCCAACCGGAUCAGCACCCGUCUCACCACCAUGACCAGGGCGCCCACCCGCUUCCCGGCCACCCGGGGUCCCAUCCGGGCCAGCCCGCCGCGGUCCACCACGCCGCGCCACACGCUGGCGCCCCCGACCGUCCGGGCGACCACCACGGCGGCCGUCGCUGUCCCUUUCAGCACCACGCUCCUGAUGGCCCGGCCAGCGCCCGGCACCCUUCGGACUCCGCCUGUGCCGGCCUGGCCCACUGCGGCGUACACUACCUCGUCGUACAAGACUUAUCUUCAGGACUCGGCUCCUUCCUGGACCUUAUCCCCCUUCCAAGAGGCCAGCACCACCACCACCACCACCCCCCCGCCGGAGACCAACUCCAGCCCCAAAUACCAUACCACAACGUAUUCCAUUGAACAAUCUGAGCACUUUAAGCCAUGCAAAGAUAAGGAUCUUGCAUACUGCCUUCAUGAUGGCGAAUGCUUUGUCAUUGAAACCCUAACAGGAUCUCACAAACACUGCAGGUAA